AUGAUCAGUCAUGAACCACCACCACCUAGCCGCUGGCUGGCGUGAGCGGAGCCCCAUCAUGUUUCGAUAGUUCUGUUGUUAUUCCAGGCCACGACACAUCGCGAUACGUCACUGAGUCCAAGCCCUAUUUAUCAAUGUCAUGCUUGGACCAACUGACUUGCUCGAUGGGGUUCCGAGAAUACAUACAGAUUAUCACCCUUGAUCGACUCGCCCUGGAUGACAGCGUGCACAUAUAUCUACCUUGGCAUGCCUUUGUCAAUCUGCCAGCAACCACUUGGACUUGGACUUGUGACACCCUCGCAGUCCAACUAGUGUACCCAACUCCAAGUCAGGUCAUCAUUUUCAGGGGCAGCCGAAUGCCAGUGCUCCACCGUCACCCACAGAUUGUCAUGACCCGCUCAGCCUUGAGUCUUCAGUCCUGGAUUCUGAAGAAAGAGGAGGAGGAGGAGGGAUUCAUCGACAGCUUUGAUGUGGGUUUCUUCGGUUCCCCUUUUGCCGACCUGCCCCUUCACGCUGUCGAUUAUCCCGCUUACCAGUCUUGGCGCCCUCUUUAACUUGUCUCACUGAGUUCCAGGUACUCCAGAUUCUGUCGAGGCAAAGAUACUUCGAGUAAUAUCAACUCUGC